CCCCGCGCCCUCGCCAUGCAGAAGAGCGUGCGCUACAACGAGGGGCACGCCCUGCACCUGGCCUUCCUGGCCCGCAAGGAGGGCACCAAGCGCGGCUUCCUGAGCAAGAGGGCGGCCGAGGCGAGCCGCUGGCACGAGAAGUGGUUCGCCCUCUACCAGAAUGUGCUCUUCUACUUCGAGGGCGAGCAGAGCGGCCGCCCGGCGGGCAUGUACCUCCUGGAGGGCUGCAGCUGCGAGCGCACGCCCGCGCCGCCCCGGGCCGGGGUCGGGCCGCCCGGCGCCCGGGACGCGCUGGACAAGCAGUACUACUUUACCGUUCUUUUUGGCCAUGAAGGUCAGAAACCUCUGGAGCUGCGCUGUGAGGAGGAGCAGGACGGUAAAGAGUGGAUGGAGGCCAUUCACCAAGCCAGUUAUGCAGACAUUUUGAUUGAGAGGGAAGUGUUAAUGCAGAAGUACAUUCAUCUAGUUCAGAUCGUAGAGACAGAAAAAAUUGCAGCUAACCAGCUCCGGCAUCAACUUGAAGAUCAAGAUACAGAAAUUGAAAGACUUAAAUCAGAGAUUAUCGCUCUUAAUAAAACCAAGGAACGAAUGCGGCCUUACCAAAGCAAUCAAGAAGAUGAGGAUCCAGACAUCAAGAAGAUUAAAAAGGUUCAGAGCUUCAUGAGAGGAUGGUUGUGUAGAAGGAAAUGGAAGACUAUUGUGCAGGAUUACAUUUGUUCUCCUCAUGCUGAAAGUAUGAGGAAGAGAAACCAGAUUGUGUUCACCAUGGUUGAAGCCGAGUCAGAGUAUGUUCACCAGCUCUACAUCCUGGUCAACGGCUUCCUCCGGCCCCUGCGGAUGGCGGCCAGCUCCAAGAAGCCUCCCAUCAGCCAUGAUGAUGUCAGCAGCAUUUUCCUCAACAGUGAAACGAUUAUGUUUCUUCAUGAAAUAUUUCACCAAGGACUGAAGGCGAGGAUAGCAAACUGGCCUACUUUGAUUUUAGCUGAUCUGUUUGAUAUUUUGCUCCCCAUGUUGAACAUUUAUCAAGAAUUUGUGCGUAAUCACCAGUACAGCCUCCAAGUGCUUGCCAAUUGUAAGCAAAACAGAGAUUUUGACAAACUCUUAAAACAGUAUGAAGCCAACCCUGCCUGUGAGGGGAGGAUGCUGGAAACGUUCCUGACCUAUCCAAUGUUUCAGAUCCCCAGGUAUAUCAUCACACUUCAUGAACUCCUAGCUCAUACACCUCAUGAGCAUGUGGAAAGGAAAAGUCUGGAGUUUGCUAAAUCGAAACUAGAGGAACUGUCCAGGAUAAUGCACGAUGAAGUGAGUGACACUGAAAACAUAAGGAAGAACCUGGCCAUAGAAAGAAUGAUCGUAGAGGGCUGUGAUAUUUUGCUGGACACCAGCCAAACUUUCAUCCGCCAAGGUUCUCUUAUUCAAGUACCUUCUGUUGAGAGGGGAAAACUUAGUAAAGUUCGCCUGGGUUCAUUGUCUUUGAAAAAGGAAGGAGAAAGACAGUGCUUCUUAUUUACAAAACACUUUUUAAUUUGUACAAGAAGUUCAGGAGGAAAGCUACAUCUGCUCAAGACAGGUGGGGUUCUCUCUCUAAUAGAAUGUACAUUGAUUGAGGAGCCCGAUGCAAGUGAUGAUGACUCUAAAGGUUCUGGGCAAGUGUUUGGACACCUGGAUUUUAAAAUAGUAGUGGAGCCUCCUGAUUCUGCCCCUUUCACUGUAGUCUUGUUAGCACCUUCACGCCAAGAGAAGGCUGCCUGGACGAGCGACAUAAGUCAGUGUGUGGACAAUAUACGGUGUAAUGGUUUAAUGACUAUAGUAUUUGAGGAGAAUUCCAAAGUUACUGUGCCCCAUAUGAUUAAGUCUGAUGCCCGUCUUCACAAAGAUGACACCGACAUUUGCUUCAGUAAAACACUCAACUCCUGCAAAGUGCCCCAGAUCCGCUAUGCCAGCGUGGAGCGCCUCCUGGAGCGGCUGACAGACUUACGGUUUCUCAGUAUCGAUUUCCUCAAUACCUUUCUGCACACCUAUCGUAUUUUCACUACGGCAGCUGUGGUGCUGGCAAAACUUUCUGACAUAUACAAGAGGCCUUUUACCUCCAUUCCUGUCAGGUCAUUGGAAUUGUUUUUUGCUACCAGCCAGAACAAUAGAGGUGAACAUUUGGUGGAUGGCAAAUCCCCACGCUUGUGUCGCAAAUUCUCUUCCCCCCCACCGCUGGCUGUGUCCAGGACGUCCUCCCCAGUGAGGGCCAGAAAGCUGUCCUUGACUUCUCCAUUGAACUCAAGGAUAGGAGCGUUGGACCUGACCACCUGUUCAGCAUCCAGUAGUCCUACCGCCACCCACAGCCCCGCUGCCUCCCCACCACCGCACACCGGGAAAGUACCGUUGGAUCUUAGCAGAGGCCUUCCUUCUCCAGAGCAAAGCCCGGGAUCUGUAGAAGAGCACGUGGAUAACCCCCGCAUGGAUCUGUGUAACAAGCUAAAACGAAGUAUUCAAAGAGCUGUCCUUGAGUCUGUCCCUGUGGACCGAGCUGGAGUGGAAGGUUCCCCGGCGGUGGACAGCACAGACCUUUCACCUUGCCGAUCACCUUCCACGCCUCAGCAUCUCCGCUAUCGCCAGCCUGUAGGACAGACGGCUGACAACUCCCACUGCUCUGUUUCGCCUGCUUCUGCUUUUGCAAUUGCCACGGCGGCUGCAGGACAUGGAAGUCCACCAGGAUUUAACAACACUGAGAGGACAUGUGACAAAGAGUUUAUUAUUCGAAGAACAGCCACCAAUCGAGUCCUGAAUGUCCUCCGUCACUGGGUCUCAAAGCACGCACAGGAUUUUGAACUCAACAACGAACUAAAGAUGAAUGUCCUAAAUUUGCUAGAAGAAGUUUUACGAGACCCAGACCUUCUUCCCCAGGAAAGGAAAGCCACGGCGAAUAUCCUGAGGGCCCUUUCACAAGAUGAUCAAGAUGACAUCCACCUAAAAUUAGAGGAUAUAAUUCAACUGACAGACUGUCCGAAGGCUGAGUGCUUUGAGACCUUGUCAGCCAUGGAGCUGGCUGAGCAGAUCACCCUCCUGGACCACAUCAUCUUCAGAAGCAUUCCCUACGAAGAAUUUCUUGGGCAGGGGUGGAUGAAGCUGGAUAAAAAUGAAAGAACACCUUACAUUAUGAAAACCAGCCAACACUUCAAUGAUAUGAGUAACCUGGUGGCCUCCCAGAUAAUGAACUAUGCGGACGUCAGCUCGAGGGCCAACGCGAUAGAGAAGUGGGUGGCCGUGGCGGACAUCUGCCGAUGCCUGCACAACUACAACGGCGUGCUGGAGAUCACCUCAGCCUUAAACAGAAGUGCCAUCUACCGGCUGAAGAGAACCUGGGCCAAGGUGUCCAAGCAGACAAAAGCUCUAAUGGACAAGCUUCAGAAGACCGUUUCAUCUGAAGGAAGAUUUAAAAAUCUCAGAGAAACCCUUAAAAACUGUAACCCCCCAGCUGUUCCUUAUCUGGGGAUGUACCUGACAGACCUGGCCUUUAUUGAAGAAGGAACACCAAACUUUACUGAGGAAGGCCUCGUUAAUUUCUCCAAAAUGAGAAUGAUAUCACACAUCAUCAGAGAGAUACGCCAAUUCCAGCAGACUUGCUAUCGAAUAGACCAUCAGCCAAAGGUCACCCAGUACCUGCUCGACAAAGCCCUCAUCAUAGACGAAGACACGCUCUACGAACUGUCCCUCAAAAUCGAGCCCCGGCUCCCGGCCUGAGGCUGGGCCGCCCGCACCGUGCAUGCCUCGCCCCGCGGCCUCCUCCCUCCUCGGGGCGCACCCAGGCCCCCUCCAGCCCGCGAAGCCCCGGCCCUUGGCGGGGGCCGGACGCUGCAGACUCGGGGGGUGGGGGGGUGAGCCGAGGGUGCGCUCCUCCGGGGGGCGCCGCGCCGAGCACCAACCCCCCACCCCCGCCCCCGCGGGCCGCCCGCCGCCUCCGCUGUUUUCUGCCUCCCGAGGAGCGUCCAGAGCGGCCGAGGUUCCGUCUGCGGGGCGGCGCUCGAGCAGCCCCGGCGUCCCGCACGUGCAUGGUUCGGGGCCUCGGAGCUCACGUGGGAGGAGCCGCACCGCCUGCAACUGCUGCUUUGGUCCGGAGGCAGCAGGCCCGGGGAGACCGAGGGCAGGGAGCGGACUGCGCAUGCGUGGGCCGCGGGUGGCUGCAGGCGCGGCCCCGCACCUCCCGGCUUGCCCCCUGCCCUCCCCACGGUGAAGGCGGAUUUCUCUCUCUCUCUCCUUUUUUUUUUUUUUUUUCUGAUUUGCACAAACCAUUUUUACGCUCACUGCAAAUACGGUUGUAUUUUCUAGAACGUUGUUCAACAGGAUUUUCUCUUGCAAACCCACACGUCCGUGUGCUGUUGGUAGACGGUCCUGCACCGGUCAUCCUUGGUUUUCAAUUUGGGGAUACUCGUGAGGGAACACAUUCCAUGUGUGGGGGGACGGGGACCCACCGCUCAACAGCGCUUGCAUCAGAAGACGCAGUGCAGGGGUCGCCGCUGCCCGGGCCGGGAGGUGAGGCGGCUUUUUCCAGGAUUGAUGGUUGUUGCAGAAAUAGGGCUAUCUCGCGUUCACCUCCCUCUUCUCUUCUCAGGGAGAGCUCUGCUUUACAAGAAGAAACAGCAAAAUACAGAGUUCUUGGUACCUGAGCCUAUUGCACCUGCUGGUUUCUCUUGGAGGCAUGAAGUAUAUUGAUGCUGACAGUGAAAAAAAAAAUUGACCUGUCUAGCUGUUUUCCCUCCUUCUUUGCACUUUAAUUCUCUUGUUAGAACUAACGGCUGCCUAAUACGUUCAAUGUGCCGGCUCGUAAGACCCAGUGGAAGCACUAGCGUUCCUAAUGUACCAUAGAAGUGGAAAAUGUACAUUUUUCCUGCAUGGUAAGGGCCAUCUCUGUACAUAACUAUCUAGUGAGAUACCAAGUAAGUAAAAGAAACUAUUUAUAAUAUUUGAAGACCAUUCCAAAAAAUAUUUUCAAUAGCUCAUAUUAGCCAACAGUGUAGCACUAAACCCCAGGAGGGUUACUAAUGAAUGCUUUCUUUUUUUCUUUUUUUUCUUUCUUUUUUUUUUUAAAGUUGCUUGUUUGUUCUCUUUAGUUUCAAAUAAGAGGUUGAUGCAUCUUGAUGCAUGAUAAGAAGCAUGGGUUGUCUGGAUCCUAACUGCAUAACAUGCAAUUUAUUUCACAGUGUUCACAAACUGAGGGUUUGAACUAAUACAUGUCAACUGCAAGACCUCAAGGUCUUGCAGAAGAAAAGGAAAAUAAAGGUUAACUUUCUUGGCUCAAAAACACAGUCUUGGAAGGUGGACUAAGCCCAGGAAAAAUCAGUGACAGCACCACACACAUCGUAGUUUCAGGCAAAACAAACAUGUGGGAAGGUCCAUGCGCUCUGCUUUGAAGCCCCCCAAAGUUUCCCAGGGGCGAAGAGGUCAUUCUGUGUGCACUUUCCCGGGAAGUUUGGACCAUUAUUUCUCUGACCCAAAUGUUCCAGGGGCACUGCAGCCAUUCUUACUAAAGAAAAAUGAGAGACCGAGGAAUUUCCAAAUGCUCCUCCCCUUUCUCGGAGAGCCCAGGUUUCCUCAACCCAGUGACAAAGGUUUCUGGGGUUUUCCUGUAGAAUGUUGUAAGCGCCCCCAGUGGUCAGCUAUAGGAACCAUCAAUUGCUAUGAUGACCUUUAGUGUUUUAUUGAAUUACACGCCCCUCCUGCUUACUAGAGUCCGAAACCUUGCUGGAACUGCAAGAGAGAGAACUCUACCUCCAGGGGUGCUCCUUUUGAUGACCUGCACCAUUUCUGUACCAUCUGGGAUAAGAAUGUGCAUUCUAAAAAACCUCAGUUUGGUCACAUUUAAAAUCGCCAAGAGCAACUUGUAGUGCUUUUGAUUGUUAAGGCACCCAUCCUCUUCUGCCUUUCAAGUGUGUAUUUAGUGUUGCACUGUGCACUCCCAGCUGUGUCUGCCUAUAUUCCAUUAUAUGAGACCCACUUCUAAGACUCAAAGGCAGGUCAGCCCCCAACAACCAAAUAGCAAAUUCUUAUAUUAUUGCAAAAUUAACCUAGAAAAUCAGAAGUAAAAAAGCCAAUUUCAUGCUUUCAGCUGAAUACCCACAUUUUGUACUGUCAAUGAAAUUACCUUGGGACUUUUAGGGGAUGCCUUUCGUUAUUAGCUAAGACAUCCAGUUUUGCUGCAGGGACAAAUCUCUUACUUAAGCCAAUAUAUUAUGUGACAGAUUUAGGCAUGAAGUAGAAUGUUGUCACUUUUCCUUAGCAUUUCUCUGAAGGAAUCUAAAGAGAGAAUUUUAAACUACUGUUGCAAUAUUUGCCAGUGGCUCUCACACAAAGCCCCCAGCACUGUUUGUUAGAUUUUUUUUUUUUUUAAUCUUAAAGCACUGCUUAAAAACAAAUGAAACUCCUAGAACCUGGAUAACUUGGAAGAGAAUCCAUUCUGGAGUAUAUGAUGACAGACUAGCACCUCUUCUCUCACCAUAUUAUAAAACAUAUAGCCUUGGGUUGGCAAUGAUUGGGCCACUUUUUAAAUUCUCAACUAAAAAAAUAAUGUGAUAGAGGGCUUAUUCUCCCCCACCCCAUUAACUUUUAUUUUAAAAUAAAGGAUUUUAUUUAGCUUUUCUUUUAAAGUUCGAUUUUAUUCCCCCUGACAAAAAACUUUCUCUUUGCUUUAAAGACUUUUAAAAUCCAACCUGUGAAGUUUAUCAUUUUUUUUACUACUCUUGAAAUGGGAUAUACUAUAUAUGGGAUAUAUAUUACAUGGUGGAAUAAAUUAUAUGUUAUUUAUGGCUAGAGAAUAAAGCCAGGCUAAUGUCCACAGCCAGAAGGAAUAAAUGAACUCAAUUCACUUUCAUUUCAGCAAGAGAGCAGAUUGUAAGUUUAGAUAGUGACUUGAUUACAACGCCACUAUGUGAAUCCUGGUAAUAAGACUUGAGUCAAUGAAAUCUAAUCACAGUGUCAUUUUUCCAUGGCUGUGGGUGACUUAAAAUUAAGGCAGGGCAGAGAAAGAGUAGAAAACAACCAUUUUGUUAUAGGUAUAAACACAUGGAUGAUGAUUGAGAUAAUUAUUCAUUUUGGCUGCCACACAGCCUAAAAUUAACAUUAGGGUUGAUUGUACUUGAUCUCAUCUGCCCAAGAAAAAGAAGAGAUCUACUUGAUGUUGAGCUACUGUCUUUUGCACAGCCCAUGUCGUUUUUCCCUAGAAAAGCAGUUGUGAAAGAGCUGGCCGAGGUGCCCUAGCUCUGAGUCCAAGACCCAGAUGUCCACCUGCAAGCUGGGAAACCUUAGGCCAGUGCUAAAACCUCCUUGAGCCCAUUUCCUCAUCUGCAAAACGGAACUAAUCUUGAUUCCUGUGCUGCCUACCUCACAGGGCUGUCAUCAGGACAACAUGGGUUAGAGUGUAAACUGUAAUGUGCUGUCCAAAUGUGAGGUAACAUGAUUACCAUCCUCAGCUCUCUUUGGCAGAGAAUUAUUUAAAUGUAUUUCUUUGUUAUUUGUGUGUGUGUGAUGGACAGACCCGUGUGUUACCUUGAGGAGCAUAAUAUUUGUGUCCAGUAACUGCAAAUCUGCUGACAUUUGUGAUUCUGACAGAGGGGUUUGUGCCGUGGCCUAACACUUGCCAGGUGGGGUGUGGGUUAUACCUAUAUGCAAAUUAAAUUUUGCCUUUCUUGAUUCUCGAAAA